AUGCAAACCAUAAAUGCAGCAACUGUUAUGGAUGGAACCAUAGUUACGGAAAUUUCUGAUGGUGGAGCAACGAAUACGUACAAUAGUAUGGCUGGCCUCCUUACUGCUUGCGGCACUAGCGAUAUCACUCUAUUCAACACUGUGAAUGCAGGCCCACCGCUUCAUUUCAAUACCCUCCAGAUAUCAGGAUAUACUGCAGACGAACAUAUCAUUUUGCUGAGGUCACCAGCAGGAGGAGGGAGCUUCGUGACCAGCUCCAAGUACUUCGUCGCUAGCGGAAGCGCACUCACUAUCAAAUUGAUAUACUCGCAAUCUGGAGGAUCAUGCGGGUCUAUUGUUAUUGGAAGUAUUGCUGUGGUUGGGUAUAUCUGUGAUUCAAGCUGCAGCUCAUGCUCCAUGGCCACUUCAUGUUCCUGCGCGACUGAUAAGUAUUUGACGAGUGGAAAUGUAUGCAGCGCUUGUGGGACAGGUUGCGCUACAUGCACAGCAUCAGGUUGCUUGACAUGCAAGACUUCUCCCACUAGCUAUUACCUCCUUGGUACCACCUGUGAGCAAAGCUGUGGAGCAGCCAAGUAUACUGGCGUCAAUAGUAAUGGAGAGCCAGUCUGUCUCAGCUGUUUGGGUAUCUGUGCUACCUGUACUGGUCCUUCCACUUGCUCCUCUUGCAACAGUGGCCGUCUUUUCUACGGAGGGACUGGCUGUGGCGCAAACUGUCCCUUCGGACAGUACGCUGCAGAUGCCAACAACUGCGACGUCUGCGAUUCCAACUGCGCCACCUGUUCGGACGCCUCCACCUGCACUUCCUGCGGGCUGCUCAACGGCGUCCAAUCCUACCUGCACUCUGACAACGCCUGCCACACUUCGUGUCCAGGUGCCACAUACGCCAAAGUGUCAAACGGAGCCUACCUCUGCGUGCCUUGUCCUUCUGGCUGCGCCCUUUGCUCCCUCAACGUGGCCACCGUGCAGUGCUCCAAGUGCCAGGCAGUCUCUUCCACUAGUUUCUACUACUCCAACAAUGACUGCAUUCAGACUUGCCCUGACGGUACCUACGGGGGGAACGACGGCAGUGGAGACCCCACUUGUCUUCCUUGCGAUUCGCCCUGCGCCACCUGCUCAGGAUCAGGAAGUUCCGCCUGCCUGACGUGCAGUACAGAUCGGCUUAUCUAUGGAACCAACACUUGCGGCAGCUGUGCUUCUGGCACAUAUGCUGAUUCCGCGACCACCUGCGCACCCUGUGAUACCAAUUGCGCCACUUGCCAAACAACUGCCGCCAACUGCCUCAGCUGCGGCCUUCUCUCUUCUCAGCAAAGCUACCUCCACUCGGAUAAGGUGUGCUACGUCAACUGUCCAGGCAACACCUACGGUAAGGACAACUCUGGCUCGUAUGUAUGCGCAACGUGUCCUACCGGUUGCUCCACUUGCUCCCUCGUGUCAGGCACCGUGCAGUGCAGCCUUUGCACUUCUGUUGCCUCUCUCCAGUACUAUCUCAAGAACAACGCCUGCACCAGCAGCUGCGGGAACGGGUUUUACGGAGGACCGGACCCCACCACUUCCGAACCCACGUGCCUUUCCUGUGUGGCGCCCUGUGCCAACUGCAACUCCGACACCGUCUGCACCUCCUGCAGCACCGGCUACUAUCUCUCAGGGACCUGCCAUGUGUCAUGUCCUUUCGGAUACUAUGCUAAUACCGGCACCACAUGCGCCCAAUGCGAUAGCAACUGCGCCUCAUGUGACAAUCAAGCGAACGAAUGCCUUUCCUGCGGCCUCCUUAACAGCCUCCAGUCAUACUUAUACACUGAUAACACUUGCUACAACACCUGUCCCGGUGGUAGCUAUGCCACCAGCACCGGUGGAGUCUAUCUUUGCACCGCAUGUCCUAACGGAUGCGCCACCUGUUCCCUUGUCUCAGGAACAGUCCAGUGCACAGUCUGCGCAGCAGUCUCCUCCCUUAACUUUUAUCUCUCGGGCACAUCCUGUGUGCAAAACUGUCCUUCAGGAAAAUACGCAGGAACAAAUGGAAACGGAGAUCCAGCCUGUCUCAGCUGUUUGGGUAUCUGUGCCACCUGUGCAGCACCUUCCACUUGCUCCUCCUGCAACAGUGGCCGUCUUUUCUACGGAGGGACUGGCUGUGGCGCAAACUGUCCCUUCGGACAGUACGCUGCAGAUGCCAACAACUGCGACGUCUGCGAUUCCAACUGCGCCACCUGUUCGGACGCCUCCACCUGCACUUCCUGCGGGCUGCUCAACGGCGUCCAAUCCUACCUGCACUCUGACAACGCCUGCCACACUUCGUGUCCAGGUGCCACAUACGCCAAAGUGUCAAACGGAGCCUACCUCUGCGUGCCUUGUCCUUCUGGCUGCGCCCUUUGCUCCCUCAACGUGGCCACCGUGCAGUGCUCCAAGUGCCAGGCAGUCUCUUCCACUAGUUUCUACUACUCCAACAAUGACUGCAUUCAGACUUGCCCUGACGGUACCUACGGGGGGAACGACGGCAGUGGAGACCCCACUUGUCUUCCUUGCGAUUCGCCCUGCGCCACCUGCUCAGGAUCAGGAAGUUCCGCCUGCCUGACGUGCAGUACAGAUCGGCUUAUCUAUGGAACCAACACUUGCGGCAGCUGUGCUUCUGGCACAUAUGCUGAUUCCGCGACCACCUGCGCACCCUGUGAUACCAAUUGCGCCACUUGCCAAACAACUGCCGCCAACUGCCUCAGCUGCGGCCUUCUCUCUUCUCAGCAAAGCUACCUCCACUCGGAUAAGGUGUGCUACGUCAACUGUCCAGGCAACACCUACGGUAAGGACAACUCUGGCUCGUAUGUAUGCGCAACGUGUCCUACCGGCUGCUCCACUUGCUCCCUCGUGUCAGGCACCGUGCAGUGCAGCCUUUGCACUUCUGUUGCCUCUCUCCAGUACUAUCUUAAGAACAACGCCUGCACCAGCAGCUGCGGGAACGGGUUUUACGGAGGACCGGACCCCACCACUUCCGAACCCACGUGCCUUUCCUGUGUGACGCCCUGUGCCAACUGCAACUCCGACACCGUCUGCACCUCUUGCAGCACCGGCUACUAUCUCUCAGGGACCUGCCAUGUGUCAUGUCCUUUCGGAUACUAUGCUAAUACCGGCACCACAUGCGCCCAAUGCGAUAGCAACUGCGCCUCAUGCGUGAGCCAAUCAACUAAAUGCCUUUCCUGCGGCCUCCUCAACAACCUCCAGUCAUACUUAUACACUGAUAACACCUGCUACAACACCUGUCCCGGUGGUAGCUAUGCCACCAGCACCAGUGGAGUUCAUCUUUGCACCGCAUGUCCUACCGGAUGCACCACCUGUUCCCUCGUCUCAGGAACAGUCCAGUGCACAGUCUGCGCAGCAGUCUCCUCCCUUAACUUUUAUCUCUCAGGCACAUCCUGUGUGCAAAACUGUCCUUCAGGAAAAUACGCAGGAACAAAUGGAAACGGAGAUCCAGCCUGUCUCAGCUGCGAUUCCCCCUGUGCGACCUGUACAGGAGCUGGAGCUUCUGCUUGUCUGAGCUGCAGCACAGGUAGGCUCAUCUAUAACACAAAUACAUGCGGCUCCUGUGCGUCUGGGACUUUCGCAAAUUCAGGAACAACCUGCGCUCCAUGUGAUGCAAAUUGUGGUACUUGUCAAACUUCAGCGACUAACUGCCUGACAUGCGGACUCAUUUCCUCACAGCAGAGUUACUUGUACUCUGAUAACAAAUGCUACACUACUUGUCCAGCUGGCAGCUACAAGGACGACUCCAGUGGUUCAUAUCUUUGCACUGCGUGUCCAGCCGGUUGUGCCCAGUGCUCUCUUGCUUCAGGAAGUGUCGCAUGCAGUUUAUGCUCAUCUGUUUCUGGCGUGCAAUUCUAUCUUUCUGGCACCUCCUGCGUUAGUAGCUGUGGAAGCGGGAAAUACGGAGGAAUAAAUAGCAGUCUCCAGCCGGUCUGCUUGAGUUGUGUUUCUCCCUGUAAUGACUGCCUCAGCGCAACUGCUUGCACUUCCUGUAGCACUGGAGUUCUAGUAUUUGGAACUAAUACUUGCACAAGCCAAUGUGUAUUCGGACAGUAUGCCGAUACCACCACAACAUGUGCAAACUGUAACUCUAACUGUGCUUCAUGUUCUUCCUCGGCAACUUCCUGCACAUCCUGCAUCAGCAUAUCUGGCUCCAAGGCCUAUUUGCAUACUGAUAAUACCUGCUAUGUGAAUUGUCCCACUGGAACCUACUCCUCUGUGGUAAAUGGCGCCAAUCUCUGCGUGGCCUGCCCCACUGGAUGCGAUACCUGCUCCUACACUCUCGGCUCAGUUACUUGCUCUAAGUGCAAAACUGUCUCCAGCACCAACUUCUAUCUAUCUGGGACAUCCUGCGUGCAGAAAUGCCCAGGAGGAACCUAUGGAGGGACAGACGCAAACGGAGAUCCUGCUUGUGUCGGAUGCCAUUCAGACUGUGCCACUUGCAAUGGUGCUGGAGCUUCGGCUUGCCUCACCUGCAGCUCAGCAAGGCUCAUCUAUGGCACCAAUACUUGUGGUUCCUGCGCCUCUGGAACCUAUGCAGAUUCGGCAACGACUUGCGCCCAAUGCAAUACUAACUGUGCAACCUGUGAUACAUCAGCGACUAACUGCCUGACAUGCGGACUCAUUUCCUCACAGCAGAGUUACUUGUACUCUGAUAACAAAUGCUACACUACUUGUCCAGCUGGCAGCUACAAGGACAGCUCUAGUGGUUCAUACCUUUGCACUGCGUGUCCAGCCGGUUGUGCCCAGUGCUCUCUUGUUACAGGGAAUGUUGAGUGUACUUUGUGCACUUCAGUUGCUGGGGUGCAAUUCUAUCUCGAGAGUAAAAGUUGUUCAAGCAGUUGCAGCAGUGGAAAAUACGGAGGAAUUGAUUCCAGUUUCAAGCCAGUGUGUUCUUCAUGCCAAUCUCCUUGCGCCACCUGCCUAACUGCUACGGUUUGCCUCACUUGCAGCACUGGAGUCUUGGUAUACGGGACUACUUUCUGCUCGAGCCAAUGCCCUUUUGGCCAGUAUAUCGAUACAUCGACUACGUGUGCCCCGUGUAAUGCAAAUUGCGCCUCUUGUAAAACCUCAGCAACAACUUGCACCACCUGCGGCCUGAUUUCAGGAUCCCAGGCCUAUCUUUAUUCGGAUAAUGUCUGCUAUACCACCUGCCCAAACGGAAGUUACAAAUCCAACGUUAAUGGACUCUACGUGUGCGGUCCCUGCCCCACUGGAUGUGCGCUUUGCUCCCUCAACGCCGCCACAGUCGAGUGCACUGAGUGCAAGACUGUCUCAAGCACCAACUUCUACCUCUCAGAUAAAUCAUGUGUGGAAAAAUGCCCAGCUGCACGGAUAAGCUCAUCUAUGGCACAACCACUUGCGGAUCAUGUGCCUCAGGAACCUAUGCUAACACAACAUCUACUUGCGCGCCUUGUAGCUCAAACUGUGAUACCUGCGAUACGUCAGCUACACACUGUCUCACAUGCGGUCUUAUCAACUCUCAGCAAAGCUACCUAUACUCUGAUUACAAAUGCUAUACCUCAUGUCCAGCAGGCAGCUACUAAGACAGCUCGAGUGGCUCAUACGUCUGCAGCUCUUGCUCCACCGGUUGCGCCCGUUGUUCGAUCGUCGACGGCAAUGCCUAGUGCUCUCUCUGCCAAAAGGUAUCAGGAGUUCAGUAUUACCUCCAGGGGACUAUCUGCACGAGCAACUGCGGAAAUGGAUUUUAUGGAGGCCCUGAUGCCACCAGUGGGGAACCCACCUGCAUCGCCUGCACUGCUCCCUGCGACAAUUGCCUAA